UCUCCAACAAGAGCUAUCUUGCAAUCGAUUCUAGGACCUAUCGACCUAUUUUCAGCAGCCUUAAGAAAAAAAGCAAUAUUUUGCGAAAAACAUUCGGAACCGACCGAAAAACACCCACUCAUUUGGCCAAAGGAACCCUGCUGAAUGCAAACGCAAAGCGGGAGGAAACCAGGCAAUUACAGUGUAAGGCAAAUGUGCGCAAAAUGAAAGUGAGAAUCAAGUCAUGGACGGGAGUUGCAACUUGGCGUUGGAUAGCGAAUGACGAGAACUGCGGUAUCUGUCGCAUGUCCUUCGAGAGCACCUGCCCGGAGUGCGCGCUGCCCGGUGACGACUGCCCACUGGUGUGGGGUGUCUGCUCCCAUUGCUUCCAUAUGCACUGCAUUGUCAAGUGGUUGAACCUGCAACCGUUGAAUAAACAGUGCCCCAUGUGCCGCCAGAGCUGGAAAUUCAACGUGCAUUAGGAUCGUGUUGUAAUUCCAGUUCA